AUGGCUACAUUUAAGGUAGUUUUCUACACAAAUGGUUGUUUUGUAAAAGACCCUGAUGAUAGUGAAGAGGAGAGGAUGAAUGAGUUUGAUGAAAGGGUUGGUGCAGGUGUUGAUGGUGAACCUAUAAUUGAAACUGUUGCAAAUAGUGAUGUCCCAAGUGAACCAGUCAAGACCAUGUUUAUCAUAGAAGAGAUGGGCAAGACACAUGUCAUUGAGGAUGUCUACAUGACUGAUGAACUGGAUAGUGAUGAUGAUGAUGACAAUUGUGAUGAAAGGUCACGUGUAAUCAGGUUCAAAGCAAAAUAUGCUCUAAGUAAGGAUUUUGUUUUCAAGGUUGGAAUGAAGUUUUGUUCAUUGAGACAAUUUAAAGAUGCCAUACUAGAGCAUAAUGUUUUGAAUGGUAGGGAUGAUGAUGAUGUAUUGGAUGUUCAACCUUUGAGUAUUGACAAAUCACCUUUAAAGCCAAGUGUCAAGACUUUCUUUGGUAAAACUCCAAAAGUUUGCAAAAACAAACCUUUCAAAGUCCCAUGA